AUGGAGAGUGGCCUGGCUGGCAACAGCCCAGGAGAUGGGCUGGUGAUGAAGAUCAAGCAGGAGAAGUCGGAGUGGCUGCUGCAGACACAGGUGCCGCAGGCCGUGCUCUCGGUGAGAGAUAAAGAGAACAUUUUCCAGCAGCGCCGGGGCCUCCCGCCAUGCCAGACCAUAGGGCGGCCUCGAGCCUUGGCAGCACAGGAGGACACCGGGGGUCCAAGGUGGGCCCCUCCCACUGAGCAGGAUGGGGGACUGGCUGGCCGGGCUCCCGGGGCAGUCCCCGGCCCCCUGAGUCCUGCGUUUUCGGCCGGCGAGGGCCACUUUGCGUGUCUGGACUGCGGGAAGAGGUUCAGCUGGUGGUCGUCCCUGAAGAUCCACCAGCGCACCCACACUGGGGAGAAGCCAUACCUCUGCGGCAAGUGCGGCAAGAGCUUCAGCCAGAAGCCGAACCUGGCGCGCCACCAGCGGCACCACACUGGCGAGCGGCCCUUCUGCUGCCCCGAGUGCGCGAGGCGCUUCAGCCAGAAGCAGCACCUGCUCAAGCACCAGAGGACCCACGCCCGGCCCGCCACCCACUCGUGCCCAGAGUGCGAGCGCUGCUUCCGCCACCAGGUGGGCCUCCGCAUCCACCAGCGCGCGCACGCCCGGGACCCCGGGCCGGGCGAGCCGCGCCAGUUCAUCUGCAACGAGUGCGGCAAGAGCUUCUCGUGGUGGUCCGCGCUCACCAUCCACCAGCGCAUCCACACGGGCGAGCGGCCGUACGCGUGCCCCGAGUGCGGCCGCCGCUUCAGCCAGAAGCCCAACCUCACGCGGCACCGCCGCAACCACACCGGCGAGCGGCCCUACCUGUGCGCCGCCUGUGGCCGCGGCUUCAGCCAGAAGCAGCACCUGCUCAAGCACCAGCGCGUGCACCGAGGGGCCCUGGCGCCUAGCCCCAAGGAGGGGGCGCUCUAGUGCACUAGGACCCACGCAGAC